AUGAAUCAAACAUAGAAAUUAGCAUAUUAUCCAAAUUUACUUGUAUUUCUUUUUAUUUUUAUAGAAUAGGGUCAAUCAGAGAGAAUAAUCUAAUAAAAUAUAGAGAGUAAAAGAGGUUUGGAAGAAUACUUGGCUAUUUUAUAAGAAAGAGCAAAUAUUGAAGAUUAAUAUGCGAAAGCAUUACAUAAACUCUCCUAAUAAAUUGAUAGAUCUAGGUAUAUUAAUUUAUUAUGAACAUUUUAUAGUAUAACAUAUUUAAGGGAAUAAUUGGUGAAUUAGUUAAGAUAAAAAAUAGAAAGAUUGGAGAAUUUUGUAGAUUUGAUUAGAUCGGAAAUAGUUGAAUAAGUUAAAGAAAUAUUAUAGGAUUAAAAUCAAGUUUCUAGAAGGAUAAUUGAUGAGAUGAAAGGACUUGAAUGGGAUUUGUAAGAUAAAUAAGACGAUUUAAUGGGAGGAAAAUUGGACUAUAAGUUAUAGGCAAGAGAUUUAGAAUAAUCAGGAAUUUCAGAUAUGAUUUAUUAAUAUAGUCUUGAUAUUUCAGAAGACAAAGCUAUAAAACAAGUUUCCAAGUAUUUAUUCAUAUUUAUAUUUAACAAAAAGGACCUAAUAAAUUUAAUCAGAAUGCAUUAAAUUGGAAAGAGAAUUCGAAAUUAUUGUACUUUCUUAUAAUGAGUUCAUUGAUGUUUAUAAAACAAAGAUGGAAAAUUAUUUAUCUUAAAUGGAAGAGUAAGAGUAAUAAAAGUUGCUUGUACAAAAGGACACCCUAAUGAAGCUCUUUCUAUUUGAAUCUUCAAUUUCAAAGUAAUCAUUGCAAGACACCGAAAAAUUGAAUGAUUAGAUAAGAAAAACUAAUCUUUAAGAUGUUAUAGAGAAUUUUAUUAUGAAAUAUCAAAGACCUUAAGAAGCACCUAGACAACUUGAAUUCAAACCUUAUUCUUCCUUUUUAACAAAAACUAUAGAGAGUAUGAGGAGCCAAGAGUACCAAAAAUUAAAGGACAUCAUCAAAGCACAUAAUGACACAUUUUACAAUAUUUAUGACGACUGUGUGAAAACAAAUGUAUGAAGUAUUAUAAUAAUUUGGAUAGAACUUAUAAACUAUAGAAGAGUAAGAAUUGACUCAUUUAAUUAAUCGUAAUAGUGUAUAAGCUAUAUAUAAGAUUAUGUAAAUUCAUAUUAAUUGUGUAUGGAAUGCAAAUGAAAUAUAAAAUAAUGAGACUAUUGUAGGUUUACUUAGAUAGAGUACUUUAAAUAGAUUACUUUGGUGUUAGGCUUUAGAAAUAUAAGCAAAUAAAAGUAACUAUAAGGUUCCAUCAAAUGAUUCAUAUGAAUAACUUAUUAAAUGGAGUUAAAAGAUGAUUAAUUUAGUACUUUAAAUAUCAUAUGUAGAGUGUUUAGAGUUUUGGGAUGCUUCUCCAUUGAGAAAGCUAAUUACUGUUAGUUCAAUGAUUCAUGUUUCAGUUUAGAAUAAAAAACAUUUUUUAAUGUAUAACAUUAAAGAAAACAAGGUCUUAUAAACAGCAGAUUUUAUAGAAGCAUCAAUUGUUCAAGCUGUUUAUGAUGCAUUAGUUGAAGAGAUUAAGGAGGUUACAACUUUAGAAGAGAGAAUUAGAAGGUAUAUAUUUGAUUUGAAUAAAGAUAAAAAAUAAAUAUCUUGACUCAAUUAUCAAAGAUCUGUUUCACAUUAUUGUAAUUUAAUCCUAUUAGUGUAAUUAAAAUGUAUGCAGAGAAUUAUUUGAAAUAGUUGUCUGUGGCUCAUGAUGCUACUGACAACUUAUUAUUUUAGAUUGAGAGUUUUGAGUAAUUUUGA